GCUACACGCUCACCUCAACGGCUCCAUUAGAGACUCUACGCUCAUAGAGCUUGCUAGAGUUCUGGGUGAAAAGGGUGUCAUAGUAUUCUCAGAUGUGGAGCAUGUUAUCAUGAAAGAUGACCGUUCUUUACAUGAAGUGUUCAAGUUGUUCGAUUUGAUCCACGUUCUUACCACCGACCAUAAAACAGUGACCAGGAUCACCAAAGAAGUUAUUGAAGAUUUUGCAUCCGAGAAUGUUGUCUAUCUAGAGCUAAGAACAACUCCAAAGAGAAAUGAUUCAAUUGGAAUGAGCAAAAGGUCUUACAUGGAGGCAGUGUUGGAGGGUUUGAGAGCUGUCAACCAAGUCGAUGUUGAUUUCCCUCCUAAUUUGAACAUCGGGAGUCCUGUAAAUCUUCAAACUACUCACGUUGCAUGUAAUGGAACUGUUAGAAAGAAGAUAUAUGUUAGACUUCUGCUUAGCAUUGACCGUAGAGAGACUACUGAGGCUGCAAUGGAGACCGUUAACCUGGCGCUCGAAAUGAGAGAUUUAGGGUUAGGGAUAGUUGGUAUUGACCUCUCUGGAAAUCCUAUUGUAGGUGAAUGGAGUACAUUCUUGCCAGCACUAAAAUUAGCUAGGGAUCAUGGCCUUUAUAUCACUCUUCACUGUGGGGAGGUACCUAAUCCAAAGGAGAUACAAGAAAUGCUUAAUUUCCUCCCGCAAAGGAUUGGUCAUGCUUGUUGCUUUGGAGAGGAGGAGUGGAGAAUGUUGAAAUCAUCCAAAAUUCCAGUUGAGAUCUGUUUGACAUCGAACAUCAGGACUGAAACAAUUUCUUCAAUAGAUAUACACCAUUUUGCUGACCUGUAUAAAGCAAAGCAUCCAUUAGUCCUGUGUACUGAUGACACAGGAGUUUUCUCUACUAGUCUUUCUAAGGAGUACAGUCUUGCCGCUUCAGCAUUUGGUCUUGGUGAAAGAGAAAUGUUUUGUCUAGCAGAGAGCGCAAUUGACUAUAUAUUUGCAGAUGAUGAAGUUAAAGAGGACUUGAAAGCAAUAUUUGUUUCAGCCUCAAAGAACUUGGAUUCAUGACCGGUGGCAUCUUGAGGGGCACGUGCACCUCCUUGUUGUAUGGUUAGAGCCAGGUAUUGAAUUUGUUUACUCGGUUCGGAUGUAAAAUCUCUUCACUGUCUAUCUCCAAGAUCAGCUGAUAGCUUUGAUAUUAACUUUGCAGGCUGUUGAGCUUUUGUCUAUUUGAUUAGUCAGGUCUGGAUGGUGGAUUGUAUGAUGUUAGAAAUUAAACUUUGGUUUAUGCAGCAUUUUACAUUGGCAGAGUUAAAACUGUAUUGUGUACUUUCUCAAUUAAUUAAAAAUCCCAAUUAUGGAUUAUAACAA